CAAUAUUCAUCUUUGCCCCUGCGAUCUGCAUCAAAGGAAGGAUCUUUAAAUUUGCACAUAUUUUUUAUUUAAAAAUCUGUCCUCAUGUGCUAGUAAUAGGGUAAAUUGAUAUUGCAAUAACUUAGUCACUAGAAAUAAAAUGAUUACGCUUAAUAGGAAAUUUAAGAAAGAAAACCCUGAAAGCACGAAUGGUGUUACCGUAGAUGUACCCAAAAGGAUAUCGGUAAGAGAUAAAUUGCUAGUCAAGGAGGUGCAAGAAAUGAACGAGAAUCUUCCUACGACGUGCUCAGUGCAUUUUGAAGACCCGAACGUAUUGAGCGAGUUCAUUCUGACCGUGACCCCUGAUGAAGGCUACUGGCUGGGGGGCAUAUUUAAAUUCAGUGUUUUCGUCACCGAAGACUAUAACAUGGCGCCCCCUAAAGUGAAAUGUUUGACAAAGUUAUGGCAUCCCAACAUCAAUGUUGAUGGAGACAUUUGUCUUUCUCUGCUGAGGCAGACAUCUAUUGAUGAACAUGGCUGGGCACCUACAAGACGCCUAAAAGAUGUUGUGUGGGGUCUCAAUUCACUUUUCACAGAUCUCUUAAAUUUCGAAGAUCCACUCAACAUAGAGGCUGCAGAGUUGUACAAGCAGAAUAAGAAAGAAUUUCAAGUGAAAGUACAGGAGUACAUUGCAAUAUCGAAGGGGAAGAGAUGAGGAAUGCAUAACCAACAAUCACAUCCAACUAAGAAAUAGCGGAACUGAUGAUUAACGGUUAUUAUACAUUAUGAUAUAAUUAUUAACACUUUUAGUGCCACAGACACUAAGUUCUCUUUGGUAUGUAGAAAUCUUUGUGGCAUUGAAUGUGUUAAUUAAUUUUGUAACAUUAAUUGAUGUUUAGGUUUCAUUUAAAACCGGUACUGCGGUAUCCACUGCAUAUGUCAAAUGAACAAAAUUUCUUUUGUGUAAGUGAGUUUCUUUAUGCGUUAACUUGAAAAUU